GUUGGAAUCCCAGUGCAGCCAAGAGGCGAGCGCUCUGCCCGGCUCAGCUCUGAAAUGAGGAUAGAUGACAUGCACUAAGAGGGACACAAGAUCUUUCUGAAAGAGGUUCGAGGGGGAGAUCAAAGCGCGGACCACAAUGUCAGAUUCCCCUGUGCUGCCCACCCCUCCUCUGUUUCCGGCCUCUCCCUGCGAGCAGCCUCGCCCUCAUUAGAUCAUCCAGCGGGGCUCCAACGCAAAGGCGGACAGGCGGAUAUAUCUCUUUCUCUCUGGUGGAUUGAUUGAUGUAAUGAUGAUGAAUCGCUUCCUCCCUCUGCUCUCCCUGCUCCUCGUCUCCCACCUGAGCAGCCCGGCACGACUGACGCCUCGCGGCGGCGAUGGGGGAAACAGGAAGCUGGCCACUGGGGCGGUCAGAGGCGAGGGAGUGCUGCACAGGUCCAAGAGGGGAUGGAUGUGGAACCAGUUCUACUUGAUGGAGGAGUACACGGCGAAUGAAUACCAAUAUGUUGGCAAGCUCCAAUCCAACAUGGACAGACUCGAUGGCACUGUGCGCUACGUUCUCACCGGAGAAGGAGCGGGGACUAUUUUUCAGAUAGAUGAAAAAACUGGUGAUCUCCACGCCAUCAGGAAGUUGGACAGGGAAGAAAAGGCCAAUUACACGCUGCAAGUUACAGCUGUCAACACAAGGACAAACCGGCCUCUAGAGCCACAGACCGAAUUCAUUAUCAAAAUCCAUGAUAUCAAUGACAAUGAGCCAAAGUUUGCCAAGGCCACCUACACGGCCAGCGUCCCUGAGAUGACGGCUGUCGGUACGCCAGUCAUGCAAGUCACCGCCACAGACGCCGACGACUCCUCGUACGGCAACAGUGCCAAGCUGGUGUACAGCAUCCUCCAAGGUCAGCCCUACUUCUCCGUGGAGCCAGACUCAGGGUGGAUCAAAAUAGCUUUACCUAAUAUGGACCGGGAGGUAAGGGAGAAGUACCAGGUGGUCAUUCAGGCCAAAGAUAUGGCAGGGCAAAUGGGAGGCCUCUCUGGGACUACCACAGUCAACAUCACCCUGACUGAUGUCAAUGACAGUCCACCAAGAUUCUCAUCCAGUUCUUACCAUCUCAGCAUUCUGGAAUCAACUGAGGUAGGCUCCACGGUGGGACGGAUAAAAGCCAAAGACGGCGAUGCAGGAGAGAAUGCUGAGAUGGAGUACAGCAUUAUAGAUGGGGAUGGGAGGGAGUUCUUCAGUAUCCUCACAGACAGCAUGACCAAGGAGGGGAUCAUCAUGGUGAAAAAGAAACUGGACUAUGAGCGGCAGAGAGUCUACACUGUGAAGGUUGAGGUAAACAACACCAAGCUGGACUCGCGCUACUCCUCGUUCGGGCCCUUCAGGGACACGGCCACUGUUAAGAUCACGGCCCAGGACGUGGACGAGCCGCCGGUGUUCAGCGUGUCCCCGUAUGUUGUGGAGGUUCGGGAGGACACUGCCAGAGGCAACACCAUCGGGAAGGUCACAGCCUGGGACCCAGACAGUCCUCACCACCCAGUGAGGUACUCCAUUGACCACCAUACAAAUCGAGACAAACUCUUCUACAUAGACCCAAUUGAUGGAUCAAUCACAACGCUGCAGCCAUUGGACCGAGAGCUAUCGAAAUGGCACAAUAUCUCAGUGCUUGCCACUGAAAUAAAUAACCCACAUCAAAUGAGCCGUGUGCCUGUUCUCAUUAAGGUCCUGGAUGUCAAUGACAACGCCCCAGAAUUUGCCAUGUAUUAUGAGACAUUUGUUUGUGAAAAUGUCAAAGCUGGGCAGCUUAUACAGACUAUAAGUGCCACAGACACAGAUGAACCUCUUUUUGGACACAAGUUUGUGUUCAGUUUAAGUUCCAACAAUCCAAAUUUUACAAUACUUGAUAAUGAAGACAACACCGCCCGGAUCUUGACCCGGCGGAGCGGGUUCAAUCGGCACGAAGUGAGCGCCUACUACCUGCCCGUGGUCAUCUCGGACAACGACUUCCCUGUGCAGAGCAGCACCAGCACGCUGACCAUCCGCGUGUGCAGCUGUGACGGCGGCGGGAACCUGCGCUCCUGCAGUGUGGAGGCGCUACUCCUGUCGGCUGGCCUGAGCACAGGAGCGCUGGUGGCCAUCUUGCUCUGCGUCAUCCUUCUCCUCAUGAUCGUGGUUCUGUUUUCUGCGCUGAAGAGGCAGAGAAGAAAGGAGCCCCUGAUCAUCUCCAAAGAGGAUGUGCGAGACAACGUGGUCAGCUACAACGACGAGGGCGGCGGAGAGGAGGACACGCAGGCCUUCGACAUCGGCACGCUGCGCCACCCCGAGGCCGUGGAGAGCAACAAGCAGCGGCGAGACAUCAUCCCCGAGAUACUUUUCCCCUACCACCGCCCGUCGCCCACCCCGGACUGCGCUGACGCCAGGGACUUCAUCAACUGCAGGCUGCAGGAGAACGACAGCGACCCCUCGGCCCCGCCAUACGACUCUCUGGCCACGUACGCCUAUGAGGGGACCGGCUCCGCCGCCGAGUCUCUGAGCUCCCUCGGCUCCAGCCUCACCGAGGGGGACCAUGACUAUGAGUACCUGAGCAGCUGGGGCCCUCAGUUUAAAAAGCUCGCUGAUAUGUACAUAGCAAAGGACAAGGCCUAAAUGCGCAUGGCAGCCCCACCCCUACUUCAGCUCAUGGUUGACUUUAGCAGUGACUCUGAACACACACACACACACACACACACACACACACACACACACACACACACACAUAUGCGUGCGAUUGCGUUCACUAUUGUAUUGUUUUCAUCUCUUUAUUUGCCUUUAAGACAUCCGUUGCCAUUCGUAUCACGUGCAGGCCAGGUCUUGUGUUGAGGUGUGUGUUACAGCAGUGUUGUGCUGGGAGCAGUGGUGGUUGUCCGUGAUUGUUCAGCAGUCUGCAAAUGUGCUCUGAAAUCUCUGUGCAAUGACAACGGCUGAUGGAGGUUUUGAUACUCUAGUAAUGUGGUCUACUGAGAGAGAAUUAUUCUUUUCUAUUUUUGGUUCAUGUGAAGGCUUUUGCAUUUUGAAAAGGUGUCAUGCUGUGAAGUCAAAUGAACUGUAAAACACAUCCGGACAGAUGUCACACAUCUUUAAUGUCACAUGUUUUGGUGUAUGUAUGGAGGGUCUUUGUGUUUUCUACACACAUUUUUAUGUAUAUUAAGUUUAUUUUUGUAAUAAAAAAUGGAAAUCCACAACCCU